CGCUUCGAUUCGGGUUAAUUCUCUUCUUCCACUCAAGACUCACUCUCUCUCCACUAUUAUAUCAUCCGCGGCUGUGAAAGUAAAGUUGUUUGGGUUUCAUCAGAGUUUUGAUUAAUCGAAACAGAGAAGAUGGCUCAUCGAAUCCUCCUGUUUGUGAUCUUGUUGGUUUCUCUUUCAGAAGUUGAGCCUGUUUCGUUCAAGAUCACCAAUCGUUGCCGGAACACCAUCUGGCCCGGUUUUCUCUCCGGCGCCACCUCACCCCCUCUUCCCACUACUGGCUUUCGCCUCUCCCGUGGAAAAUCCAAGUCCGUCACAAUUCCGCCGUCGUGGUCCGGUCGUCUCUGGGCUCGAACCUUGUGCUCCCGAGAUCCGAGCUCCGGUUCUUUCUCCUGCUUAACCGCUGACUGCGGCUCCGGUAAGGUCGAGUGUUCGGGCUCCGGAGCUAAACCUCCCGCAACGCUCGCCGAGUUCACCCUCAACGGCACCGGGGGACUAGACUUCUACGACGUCAGUCUCGUCGACGGCUACAACCUCCCGGUGCUAAUCUUGCCCAAGAAAAUCGUCCUUGGAGGAUGCGGAGCCACCGGGUGUCUCGUUGACUUGAACGGCGCCUGUCCCAGAGACCUUAAGCUGGUGGCACGUGGGAGAAGGGGCGGCGUGGCGUGCCGCAGCGCCUGCGAGGCGUUCGGAGACCCGCGGUAUUGCUGCAGCGAUGCUUACGCCACGCCUGACACGUGUCAGCCUUCGGUAUACUCGCUCUUCUUCAAGCACGCUUGUCCACGCGCCUACAGCUACGCGUAUGACGACAAGACGAGCACCUACACUUGCGCCACCGGAGCAGACUACGUCAUCAUCUUCUGUCCGCCGCCGUAUACAAGCGCGAAGCUGUUAGGAUCGAGGAAAGACGGGGCGACACUUCCGCUAGUAAACAAGAGCAUGAUACAUUUGCAGUAGCUCCUCUUCUCAUUCUUCUUUCAGGGCAGCAGAUAGCAAAAAAAUUAUGUAUAGAAAACGCCGCCGUCAAAUGUGAUACAACAACUACUAGUAGUACGGUAGACAAAUUGUAAAUGUUCUAAUACUCUUAUUUUGCCCCAAUUCCUUUCUUGUUUCA